CUGAAGAAUCUCAUGUGCUACUUUUUAACCUAAAAAAACACAAAUUCUAGAGAAUACUAAACGUAUGGCUCUCAAUUUCUCACACUUUCCUCUUUCUCUCACUUCAAAAAUAUCACAAUUACCAUCAUCACGUUCCCAUUCUUUUCUUCCUUGUACAAUUGCUGGUAGUAGUAGUGUAGCAGCGUCAUCAGCAACCAAUAUGAGUAGUGGAAGGCCAAGAGUUAAGGAUUUCCCUUAUGCAUCACCACCCAUCAAGGAUCUUAUGGUUGAUUUAGUAUCAACGAUAGAGAAUCGCCUGGAGUCUAUGCUCCUACCAUGUACCCUUCCACAGGAUGUCCAAUAUUUUCAGAAUCAAAGUGAUACUGCUCAUGCUUCCCUUCUGCUUCGCUCUGGUGUUCCCUCCUCCCCGAUAGACUUCAUACUAAGCUCCUGGCUACACUGCAAACUACCCACAGGAGGAGCUCUGAACAUAACAAGCUUAUCAUCCUACAUGAACGACUCAAGCGAUGCACCUCAUUUGGCGAUCGAGAUUAUCCAAAGUAGUCCAACAAAUUUGGUUUUAAUCCUUGAUUUACCUCCUCGAAAGGACCUUAUUCUAAACCCUGAUUACCUCAACAUAUUUUAUGAAGAUACACAGCUAGAAAAUCAACGCCAACUGCUUGACAACCUACCCGAGUUUCAAGCUUAUGUCUCGACUUCACUUUUCAUUCGUUCAGUGUUUUCUCCUACAGCUGUUCUGCAUCGUCUAGACACUUCUUCAAGUGGAGAAGCGAGAUUGGAGCAAAUUUUGAGGGAUGAAGUGAUGUCCGCAGCAAAACAGGUUGUUAGAAUUUGGUUGGAAAGAUGUGUUUUUGGAGAAAAACAGGAUGUUUCAGAGUUUGAAAAGGAUUUAUUGAAGAAGAGGGAUAGAAUUUAUAGGAGUAAGAGUAUUGAGACACAUAUUGGGUCUGCAUUGCCUGAGAUGUUUGGUCAAGAAAUUGCUGAUCGUGUUUUGGAAGUGCUCUUGGCUGCAUCACUGUAAUUUCUUUCUACAAGAAAUGAACAGCAAAUAUAUCUAAUUGUAUUUGUAGCAGGGAAUCAUGUAAACAACAAGCAUUUAUAAUUUGUGCUUAAUCAAAUCUAAUGUGUUUACUCGAGAGUAAAUACUCCAUUUGUUUGUCUCUUCUAA